CGCGACUGUGUGACGUUUGCGCAGCCGGGAGCGCGCACAGCGGAGCGGCUGAUGCUCAGAGGACGCGGAGUGAUCCGAGCAUCACCGGGAACCGACUGAAUUAUCGUGCCAAAUCUCUUCGGGCUUCGGUAGGAUGCGUCAGGACGGAUCCAUGCAGAUGGCUGCGACACAGAAAGAAGGAUCUGACCAGAACUUCGAUUACAUGUUCAAACUGCUGAUCAUCGGCAACAGCAGUGUAGGAAAGACGUCGUUUCUCUUCCGGUACGCUGACGACUCCUUCACGUCAGCGUUUGUGAGCACGGUGGGCAUCGAUUUCAAAGUCAAAACCGUCUACAAGAACGACAAGAGAAUCAAACUGCAGAUAUGGGAUACUGCCGGGCAGGAGAGAUACCGCACCAUCACCACAGCGUACUAUCGUGGAGCCAUGGGCUUCAUCCUCAUGUACGACAUCACUAACGAGGAGUCGUUUGGAGCGGUGCAGGACUGGUCAACCCAAAUAAAGACAUACUCCUGGGACAAUGCACAGGUCAUCCUGGCGGGAAAUAAGUGUGACAUGGAAGAGGAGAGGGUUGUGUCUUCAGAUAGCGGCAGACUGCUGGCAGAGCAGCUGGGUUUUGAAUUUUUUGAAACGAGUGCCAAGGACAACAUCAACGUGAAGCAGACCUUUGAGCGUCUGGUGGAUAUAAUCUGCGACAAGAUGUCAGAGAGUUUAGAGACUGACCCCGCCGUGACCACAGGAACCCAGGGAACGGCCCGGUUAACGGAUAACCCUCCUCCACUACAGCAGCCCAACUGUGCCUGUUAGUGCUCAGUUUACAAAGUAGCAUAAGUGUGUGUGUGUAACACCUUAAGAUAGAUGCAUAUAUCCUUUAAUGUCAUAGAAUACAAGUGCUGGAACAACUUGAAUCUGAUCAGUGCAUGUCAGGAGUCAUGUGACCCUUUACACCCAAUGGAAACAAGAAGUCAUAUGGAUGCAGUCUUGAUCAACGGCAAGCAGUUUUUCAGUGUUUUAAAAAGCGGUAUGGAUAAAAAUAGCUUGAAAAAUAUUAAUGUUGCAUUUCUUUGGUCAUCAUUUUUGGUAUAUUUGUCCUGUGAGUCUGUUGCACCACUAGGAGGCAUUCAAGCAGGACAGGUUCUCAAUGCACAAUGCAGGGGUCUUGAGGCACUUUUAAAAUGAUAAGAUGCAGCGGCCAAAGACAUCUGUCUUGAUGCAUGUGAAAACAGGCCAAACGAACCCAGAACACAAGAAUGUGUUACUUUUGCCUGUUUUGUUCCAGCACCUUUGCUCUAGGGUCACGUCUGUUUAUACGGUGCCUAGUUCAUUCUGACACAUUCUUCACUGUCAAUCAAAGUCCUAACGCCCUUUACAGCACUGUUAUUUAGUUUGUCAAGACUUCAUCCACAUGCAUGCAUACAGCAGCUAUUUAUGAACUGAUGACUUUGAGCACCAUCCAACUGACCUUUCACUAAGCCCAACCCCCUUAGUUACUAGUAAAUGUAGUUAGGAAUAAAAACGUAGUUACGAAUUAGUUAGAAAUAAACUGGAGAUUUUUGUGAACUCUUUAUUAUGACUAAGUGCAAUUGAACUGAACCUUUCACUUAGCUCCGCCCUCUUAAUUACAAAUAAAUGUAAUUUUGUAAUUAUGAAUAAGCUUAAAUGUAAUAACAUGGAUAAAAAUAUAGUAACUAAUUAGUUUUGAAUACAAAUGGAGGUUUUUGUGAACCCUUUAUGACUGAGUACUAUCAAACUGACCUUUCCGUAAGCUCCGCUCCUUUUGUUACAUAUAAACCUCAUUUAAAGUUACGAAUAAAAACUAAGUUGCGAGUUUGUUUAAAAUAAACUGGACAUUUUUGUGAACUCUUUAUGAUUUAGAGCAUGAUCUAACUAAGUUAAUUCUCCACCAAAGUUGGAGCUUAAGAAAUGUCGUUACGACUAAAAACUUAGUUAAUAAUUAGUUUAGAAUAAACUAGAAAUUUUCGUUAAUUUUAUGAAUUUGAGCACGAUAGCAACUGAUUUUUUGCUAAGCUCCACCCCCUUAAUUAGAAAUAAAUGUAAUUUCACAGUUAUGAGUAAACGUAAUCACAUUGUUACAUAUAAAAAAGUAUUUACUAAUUAGUUUAGAAUAAACUGGAGAUUUUUGUGAACGCUUUGAGCACGAUCAGACUGAACUCUCGCUACGCUCCUUAGUCACGAAUAAACUUAAUUACAAAGUAGCAUAUAAAAACGUAGUUGCAAAUUAGAUUUUUUAUGAUUAAGAGCUCGAUCAUACUGACCUUUUUCUAAACUCCACUUCCAUAGUUGCGAAUAAAUAAAAAAAUCUAAUAAAAACGUAGUUACGAAUGAGAGUAAACUGGAGAUUUUUGCAAACUGUGAUUCUUUUAUUUUUUAUUUUUAUUUUUCAAAUAGUUUUGGGUGAUUCUAAAUUGACACAUUUUAAAUUUUCAUAAAUUUAAAUAUAAUUACAUCAUCACACAGGACGUCCUGUCUGGCAACAGUUGCUGAUGUAGGAUUGGCCAGAUUUUGUUUUAGGGUGGGGCUUAGUGAAGGAUCAGGUGCUCAAGGAAAAGGAUCUUAAUGGCAAUCCUACAAAAUUGCAUUAAUACACACAAACACACUCUUUUAAGUCAGUUUUGUAGAUCAGGAAUUCAUGCCAUAUUAAUCAGAAUGAAAUUUCCCAUCAGUGAAAUCAGAUGCAUAAUCAAGUGUAUGUAUAUGUGUACCGUAGAUUAUUAAAGAUUACGUCAUCUAUAUGAAUACAUGAUCUAUCUAGUGUAUAUAGUUUUGUAUAUACCUCAGUCAGAUGAAUAUAAUAUUGUGGAUUUAAGUGGCUGUUCAAUACAGGGAGGAAAAUGUGCAUUUAAUGUUUCUACACAUUUAGUUUGAUUAUUGUAAAUUAAUUCAUGCUGAUGAAGUGAAAUAUUUAUCUAUUUAUUCAAAGCAAACAGACUUUACAGUGAGAAAAAAAAAAGUUAAUGUGCUUCAUGAGCUGCGUGUGUCUGAUAACGAAACGUUCUUCUAGUUGAAGUGGAGUUUGUAUUUUUCCCCAAGCCCUUUUUUCUCCAUUUCUCUUUUCUGUUUAUCGCUGUCGUCGGUUGUUUUUCUCUGCUGGCUAAAAAGCUACUUUGUGGAGGAUGUGAUUUGCUGUCCCUGCUCUUAUCUUGUUUUAUACUCAUGGCCAGAGAGGAUUCAGUGACUUUAGAUGUUAUAAGGAAACCGCUUCACUGUUGCAGAGUCAGAGUUUGUGCUGAGUCGGGUCGAAGCUUGCUGGAGCUUGUCUUGUAAAAUGAUACAGCAAUAGCCAAGGAAAUGUGUUGGGCAGCUAUUUUCGGGAGAAGUGAGUCACUCAUCAAUAUUUCAUCCGACAAACCUUAAAUGACUUUGGCCAUGGAUGGAAGUUUUUCUCAUUUUUGAGUAUAUAUAUAUAUAUAUAUAUAUAUAUAUAUUUAUAUAUAUAUAUAUAUAUACUGAUAUAUAUAUAUAUACAUAUAUGAUAUAAUAUAACAUGACAUGUUGCUGAUCAGUUUCAUGAGAUUCAUCUUCUAGGUCAAGAUGGUUUUAUUUGUUUCUCGUCCCUAGAGAUUGUCCAACUUUCAAUGUGAUGUAUAAUAAUCUAGGUAGAAUUAAGUUAAAAGAUUAAAACACAGCCCUUAAACUACAUGGUGUGGUCUGUAGAUAUGUGUGGUUUUGUGAGCGUAGUACAGAAAAAAAAAGUUUAUAUAACAUUGGGCCGACAAUAUCUGGCAUUAUUAAAAAUGUAUUGCGGUCACAGACUGAAUACGCCAGUGCAUAUAUAGCUAAUAGUUCAUUGAUGUGUCUUCAGAAUAAAGAAAAUCAGUAAGAAACCAACCUCUUUUCCCCACCACAAGCCACGUUUAGCAUUAUCCCUGCAUGAAAUUGUAUGGCAUCUCUAUUUAGAUACCUUUAUCUGUAUAAUCUUCUUUGUUCAUUUAUGCGUCCCUCAGUAUGUGGGGUGCAGUGGGCCAGCAAGUGCAAUAUUUCGAAACCCUAUCUCUUGUAUAUAGCACACAUUAUGUGUGUGUGUGUGUGUGUGUGGGUGUGGGUGUGGGUGUGUGUGUGGAGAGCGUCUCAAUGUGCCAUGCUAAUUUUGCACACUAUCUUAACCUAUGUAUUGAUGAUCGCUCUGCCUCACCUUCUGUGUUAAACUAUCUUUGUGCUGACAUUAAGACAAAAUACUGUGGAAUUACAUCAGUAUAUGAGUGUGUGUGUUGGUGUAUAUACUAGUAUGGAGAAAAGUAAACGUGGAUCUUGUUUCAAGUCAUCUUUGUAGUUUUUGUUUGUGUGUAAAUCUCAUUAAUUUAGCGCAUGCAUAGGGCUAUAUAUCUGCAAUCACUCCACUGCAAUUCAGUAGUUUUACAAUAGCUGUCCUUUCAGGUGUACAGCAUGCAUAAAACAGCUUUUUAAAUACAAGUUCAAAAGGGAGUGAAAACAUCUAAACAUACAAAAAGUACUUGUACUAUAGUUCAGUUGGAUAUCAGAUGGCAAUGAUUUCUGUAUGUCAAAAGAUACUAUUUUACCAUGCUAUGUCCAAAAAAACAUGGUUCUUUCUUGUUAGACAGUAAACCUCUUUGUUUGCAUUUAAAUGAUUUAUUUUCUUAAUUUUAUCAAUAACACGUCAGAUUUGCUUUUACCUUGUAGAGAACCUGAACAAUUUACAAAGUCCCCUCAGAACAUUAAAAUGUUCAUUUUAAUUUGUCUUAAUUGAUCUGAGGCUUUAAGCUACUGUUCCCAAAAUAUGGUGAUUUUAUUUAAAAUGUUGUGAUUUUAUUAAAAAUAUUUUAUUUUUAAAAAAGUGCUAUUCUAACUUUGGGUUUGUGUGGAAAAAUAUUGUUGGACCUAACUUGUGAUAUCCGCAGUGAUUUCUAAUAUUUUAGUUGAAGGAAUCACUCUAGAGCUGGUUGUUCUAUAUGUGUGGUGUGUGUAUGACAAAAGUGUAUCAAUUACUGUUGAAAAUACCAAUAAAUAUUCUUAUUGUGUUGAUA